UAAUAAGCUUUUAUUAACAAACAAAACAAAAAUGUUCAAAUUCUUCCUUAUUGCCACUUUGAUUGCCUACGCUGCUGCUGUUGGCGAUGAUGAUGUUCAUGCUGAAGCCACUCUCUUGAAAUCAGAUGUCAGACCCGAUGGUUUCGAUAUUGCUUUGGAAACCACCAAUCACAUUCAUCAAGUAGCUUCCGGUGAUGAACAUGGCAACAUUCAUGGUGAUUUCGAAUGGGUUUCUCCCGAAGGUGAACAUGUUGCUGUCAAAUAUGUUGCCGAUGAAAACGGUUACCAACCCAGCAGUGAUUUGUUACCUACUCCCCAUCCCAUCCCUGAGGCCAUCUUAAAGGCUAUUGAAUACAUCAAGGCCCAUCCCUCCAAAGAAGAACCCCAUCAUUAAAUAAAUUAUUUAUGCAAA